AUGCAGCAAUUACGCCCGAGCUCAAGCACUAAUCGACCAGUUCAUAUCUUUAAUGGCCGCAUUGACUCUCCCGCCUUCAAGGCUGUUGGUCGAGCCCCCUGGGACAUUGCUCGCUACGACUUUUCCAUAGGCAUAGAUACGGACGAGGCCAUAGAUGUGUCCGGGCCAGGCCUAGAUGGAAUUCUCAUCAACGCGCCCACUCGCGCAGUACAGAGCCAUGACUACGAUCACAAGCUUAUCGGUGUUGGUUGGAACGAAUAUGGUGUACUACGAGUCGGCUGGAGGGGGUGCUGUUUUCAGUGUGGGAAGUAUCAACUGGAACAAUUCUUUGGCUAG